UUCCUGGUGAGGGGCUCCGCGGGCGCCUUCGGCCCGGUGUGCGCCUGCGUGGAGACAGGAGCCCGGGAGGGGCGGGUCUUGAAGGAGGCGGUCAUUUGCAUUUCUGGCGGGAAAGGCGCGUGUGAGCACGCCUCUUCCGCGCCAUUCGCAACCGCCGUUCGUCGUUGGCGGCCCCCAGCUGUGUCCCGAGAGGCCUGACCCCAGGAGCUAUCUGGACAGACUGUCCCUUCCCCAGCCCCCCUAGCAGUGGAGGGAAGGUGAGAGCUUCACCAGCAGCAGCAGCGAAGCAGCAGUGGUCCAUGGAGCUGCCAGCGGACCCAGCUAGUGGCUGUGCUGCACAAAUGUACCUCUGGGAGCAGCCUGAGGAACUGAAUUCAGGACCACUGCUCAGCCUAGAGGAGCAAAUUCUUAACUCUACAUUUGAAGCCUGUGACCCUCACAAGACAGGCACUGUGGCUGUUGCCCACCUCCUGGCCUACCUGGAGGCUGUGACAGGACAGGGUCCGCAGGAUGUGCGCCUCCAAACACUGGCCCGAAGCUUGGACCCUUACGGGGAGGGUGCUGAAGCCACUGUGGAGCUGGGCACCUUUCUGGUGGUCAUGAGGGACUGGAUUGCUGCCUGUCAAUUGCAUGGGGGAUUAGAGCAGGCAGAGGAGACCGCCUUCGGGGGAGCCCUGGCUUCUCCACACCUGCCAUCUGAAUGCCCAGAAGCCGAGGAGCCAGCCAACUUAGAGAGCUUUGGAGGAGAAGACCCCAGGCCUGAGGGGCCUGCCACAGCUGAGCUGCUGAGCAGCCUAGAGGACCUGGAGCUCAGCAACCGGCGCCUUGCUGGCGAGAACGCCAAGCUGCAGCACAGCGUGGAGACUGCCGAGGAGGGUUCAGCACGCCUGGGGGCCGAGAUUGCAGCCCUGCGCAAGCAGUUGCGAAGCACCCAGCAGGCCCUGCAGGCGGCCAAGGCUUUAGAUGAGGAGCUGGAGGACCUGAAGACUCUGGCCAAGAGCCUGGAAGAGCAGAAUCGCUGCCUAAUGGCCCAGGCACGGCACACAGAGAAGGAGCAGCAGCACCUGGUGGCUGAGGUGGAGACGUUACAGGAGGAGAAUGGGAAGCUGCUAGCAGAGCGAGAUGGAGUGAAGAGGCGGAGUGAGGAGCUGGCCACAGAGAAAGAGGCUUUGAAGCGGCAGCUCUGUGAGUGCGAACAACUCAUUUGCCAGCGUGAAGCAGUCCUCUCAGAGCAUACCCGCCAUGCAGAGAGCCUGGCCCACACUCUGGAAGAGUACAGAACCACCACCCAGGAACUAAGGCAAGAAAUCUCGAACCUGGAGGAGCAGUUGAGUCUGAGCCAGGAGGGUCCAGAGCAGUUACUGGAAGGGGCUGAGGCAGGAAGAGCAGGCUGGAUCAUGGCACUGCCCCCAUCACUGGACUUGGAGAUUCAGGCUAUCCGGCAGGAGCAGGAUGCAUCAGGUGCUGGCCUUUCCAGUCCUCUGUGUGGAGUGUGGCAGUGGGAGGGGGCCGAGUUUCCCGCUGAGGGCCCCGAUAGGAGACAGAGAAACUUCCAGAGAGAGUCAGUGCAGGCUCUAGAAGGAAACCAAACACCAUCCUUAAGGUUGUCCAGAAGACAGGACGAAGAGGAAGAAGAGGAGAGCUUGGUCGUGGUUGACCCUUCCAUCCCUCUGGGAACCCCUCACCAUGAGCUUGCCCCAGAAAGCUCUCCUGAGAGUUGUCAAGAUGUGCCAGAGGUUCAACGAGCCCUCAUGCCAGUGGUGGGAGAGCUGGUGCCAGUCGAGAGGGCCUGGGCCCAGCACUGCCUGCGCCCCCAGCACUCCCCAGGGCUCAGAGUCAGCCAGCACCCACUGGUCCCCACACCCAUCUGGGGCCUGCUGCUGCUGCUGCUGCUGUCCGUCCUGCUGCUCAGCCAGUCCCCGACGCCCUCGUUACCACAGCUGCAGCUCUACUACCUACAGCCCCCGCCAGUGUGAGCACCCUUCCCAGCAGACACCGUCCUCCAUGCCACCGCUGUGCCUCACCUGCCACUGACUCAACACUGGGCCCACAUCCUUAAGUUGUUUUUAUGUGACCAUGACCUCUCCUGGCUUUCUCCUGUUUUCUUAACAAUAGCAAAUCAUGCGGUAAUGACUUCA